UUUAGCAGUAUGUAAGCUAAAUGGUUAAAGAAACAUUGUGAAGAAUGAAACUACUUCUGGUUGGUGAAAAAAAAAAAAUUGUGCGACUCUGAAUGAAGGAUAGGUCGAAACUUUGCCCCUGUUUCCGCGACUUAUCAGUGUAUAGUGAAUCAUAGUCAGCACAGAGAUAAUAGCUUAUCUAUUAAACUCCGGGCAACGCAUUGUGCAAACAUUGUACCUGGCCGGUUAUGCAGCUGCCCCUCACACCAUUAAAGCGUCUGUGUGACUUCACACCGCCAUGGGCCACCCGAUCUCCAAACAACCACAGGUUCAAGUCCUUCUUCUGGGCCUGGACAAUGCUGGAAAAUCCACUCUUCUCUACAAACUAAAGCACAACGUCAGCGUCUCCACCGUCCCGACGAUCGGCUUUAACGUGGAGAUGUUGGACGCCAGAAAAAACAGGAAGAACAUCUCCGUGACCAUGUGGGACGUCGGUGGUCAGGGGAAGAUGCGCGAACACUGGCAGGACUAUUACCAAAACGCGGCAGCCGUCGUGUUUGUGGUGGACUCCUCGGACUUUGGGCGCAUGGAUGAGGCGCGCAGUGAGAUGGAGAAGGCGCUGCGCAGCGACCAUCUGCGAGGCUGCCCGGUCAUUCUGCUCGCCAACAAGCAGGACGUGAGCGGUGCGCUGACCGUCACCGAGAUGAAGGAUAAGUUCAACAUGCGGAAGUUGUGCGUGGGUCGGGACUGGCUUGUUCAACCUUGCUCCGCUUCGACGGGGUUCGGAGUCGAGGAGGCUUUUAGGCGAGUGGUUCAAAUGGUCAGACUCCCCUCUGAGCCUGGAGCUGUCAAAGACAAUAUAAAGGAUACGGUGCACUACCUGCGAUCGAAUAGCAAACCAUAAGCUUGUCAUGUAAAAUGUGUACCUCUUCUAACUUAUUUGCACCAACAGCAAACUUAGCAGUCAUAUUAUGCAAAUAAUUGUUCUGUGGAGUUCACAGAUCACUACAUGUCCUAAGUUGCUGCAUUUCUAGUCAUGUUUCACAGUGGUUCGAUUAGAAUUACAUAAAUUACUUUGUUUUGAUUAUACAAUUUCUCCUAGACGUUUACAUUGACAUUCAACAGAAGUGGACGGAUAUUGUCAGCUCGACACUAGUGGUCGUCAUGUCCACCUUGCUGGUUCUGGAUGCUCUUUAAACAACCCUUUUGAAAUAUUAAUACACAAAGUACAUUCAUUGUUCAAUGGACAUUUUUGGAAACGGUCAUUCCAAGUGUAUGAAGUGCAAAAGAAAGCUUUUGGGUUUUCGACAUCUGAUGCUUGGAAAAAUCUUGGACUUACCGCAUCGGCAAAAAAAAAAUAAAAAAAUAAAAAAUAAUAAUAAUUCUGAUUAAUUUAAAGUUGUGGUAUAGCUGAGCCUGUGUGAAAGUGUAGGCGUUUAUUAAUAUCCUACUCUAUUGUGAAAUUUUAUUGAACUGUGCUGCUGCUAUCUUGCCCAGGUUUGUAAACAAGAUCUGUUAUCUCAACAGGGCAAAACAGGUUAAAUAAUAAUAAUAAAAAAGACAUUCUUUUUUGUGUCCAGUUUAUUAGAAAUAUGUUUAUUGCUACAAGAUUUAAACACUGUUUUACUACAAAGAGAAACCUAACCUGGUUUUGUAUUGUUUUACCAUAGAAAGAGAUACCAGAAGGGCAAAAUUAUAAAGCGUUGUUUAAAUGUAACUAACUGGGUUGAGUAAACUUAAAAACAUAAUUAAAAAUCUGUUUGAAACUUCUUA